AUGGGGGGCUUGGCCGGGUACCUGUGCUUGCUAGUGCCCCUCCUGGGUGGCCACCUUGUGGCAGAAAUGCCGAACACAGGAGAGGAAAAGGAACCCGCAAUUAACCCCCCUAAAACAGCAGCGACGUCCAUCCCCCCAAAGGUGACGUUGUACCCAGAGAGGCCGGUGGAGCUGGGGGAGCCCAACAUGCUGGUCUGCCUGGCGGACGAGUUCUCGCCCCCAGUGGUGAAGCUCACCUGGCUGAAGAACGGGCAAGAGGUGGAGGCUGGCAUGGAGGAGACGGACUUCUACCCCAGGACGGACAACGCCUUCCGCAAGUUCUCCUACCUGCCCUUCGUCCCGGAGGCCGAGGACAUCUACUACUGCCGCGUGGAGCACUGGGGCCUGGCCCAGCCCCUCACCAAGGAGUGGAAUGCCAACAUGGCUGAGCCCCUCCCAGAGACCGGGGAGAACGUGGUGUGUGGCCUGGGCCCCAGCCAGGUGGCCUUCUGA